ACAGUAGCGAAAUAAGCAAAGGUCACAAUAAUAGGUCACACGUGUGCUCGUGUGUUGUCGCAUGUUGGAAAAGGUCGUGUUUGUUGUGUCUGUAAAACGGAGAUAAGGUGCAGUUGUACUUUAUUUUGAAACCACACAAACAAAGCAAUAUGGUGAAGAAGGAAGUUAAGCAAAAAGAAGUUCAAGUUAAGAAAUCAAAAUCAAACAAAACUAAUAAAAAUACCUCAGAAGACCUAGAGUUAUCAAAGUGUGAAUUAUCAAGAACAAAACAAAAGAAGACGAAAAAGCAGACUAAGAGAACACAGAAAGUUGUGGAGUCAGAAGAAGAGUAUAAACUCCCGAAACUCUCAUUUGAAUGUAAUGAUGAGAAUGCAGAACAAGCCAUGUCUGCUUCUUUCAUUGAGGUUUUUGAGGGGAAGGAUCAACAGUCUGAAAGCUCUGUAGUUUCCACAAAGACGCAAAUUGCAGCAGAAGAAUCGAAGAAGAAAACGCAAUCUAAAGAAAAGUCUUCAAAAGUUGCUGUUCAAGAAAAGAAAGCAGUGAAAAGGAAACAGAAUAAAGAGAAUGAUGAUGUGGAAACCAAGAAAAAAAUAGGGAAGGAAUAUGGGAAAAGCGUUGGAGGUAAAAAGCGUAAGCAAAAUGAAAUCGAUGAACUAACAGUAAAUACAAAAGGAACCAGCACAACAAAUCUACAGAAGGAACUUGGAAACAUCCGAGUAGAGCCCGGGACCAUCAGCAUCGUAGAACCAAAGCGGCAGAGAGCCGUCAUCGAUCCUGCAGUGCCAAAGCAACAGGGAAGAAGCAAAAAACGAAAAACAAAUAUGGUAGAAACAGAGAAAAAUCAAACAAAGGAAGAAGUGAAAUCGAAUGAAAGCGUACAUUCUGAAGGUCAAAUACUUCUGAAUGCUGGCAACCUUCCAAGUGGUUGUGACACGGACGCUCUUAAUUUCUUUUUUAACGAGAGUGACUUGUACCCGCAGAUCAACUUUAAAAAGAAAUCUGUUACUAUCAAAAAUGAGAAAGGUGAAAAACGCCGCAGAAACGUCAAUAAAGGAUCGGCAAUAUUGAUAUGUAAAUCACAAGCUGAAGCUGAUGCGAUUCUGAAGUUGGACGGAGUAACGAUAACGUCCGUAACGGGCGAAGAGUCUGAGAUCAAGAUCUCACAAAAGGAAUCAUCCGACCCAAUUCAAAGUGCGACUAAGUUAUAUAUUGGUGGACUGCAUCCUAAAAUACCAGAGGAGGAACUGAAAGGGGCUUUGGAGGGUGAAGGCAUAAGUCUAAUAAAGGUGAAGAGGGUGUGCUGGAAGGGAACAAGGAGGCAUAAAGGGUAUGGGUUCAUUUGGUUACCGACUCCGGAGGAUGUGAAGAAAGCACUAGCUGCCAAAAUUACGCUGGAAGGCAAACAACUUGUUAUUACGCAUUGUAAAUAAUGAAUUGUAAUUAUGCAACCAAACAUGACCAAAGGUUAGCAUACAACUUAAAAUACAAUUAGUGGAAUUUGGUCAAUUUUAAAAAUACACAUUACUUAUGACAUAACUUAAUCAUGAAGAAUUCAUUGAUAAAGAUACAAAACUUUAUCAAUGACAUUAUAAAAUAUACUCAUAGUAACUUAUAUAUAUUACUUGUUGUAUGGUUUAUAAAUUGUUACAUUAAUAAUACUUAAAAAUAGUAAUUAAUGAUAGGGUUGUAUUAAAAUGCAAUGUAAGAUCAGAAAAUUAUGUAUACAUUUCUCAUUUUGGUGCUAAUUUAUGGUACAUAUCUUGACUAUCACCAAUAUCUAAUGAACUGCAAUGUUUAUGCAGAUUAAAUGUGAGCUAUCAUGACAAAAUAAAUAUUGUGGCACAAAAAAAUAAAAAAAUGAGUUAUUGAUAUAUUUAAAUGAUUAUGUAAGCUUUAUUUUGGUCUUUGAAUCAGAUUCCUAGGUCAAAACAAAUUGGAGGAAGAUCAUUUUAAAGUUCAGGUGUCUAACAAAAAAAAAAUAAUAAUUUUGUGUUGGUUUUCUAAUCAAUUCUGAAAAAUAGCUUUACAAACUGUGUCUCAAAACACCUUUACUUUAGGUAACUAACUCAGGCUUUUGCUACUAUGAAACAUACAUAUUAAACUUAUCAGAAAUAUUGAAACCCAAUUUUUGUCAAAAUAUUGAAACCCAAUUUUUGUCAAAAUAUCUCUUAAGAUAUAUUUUCUUGAAUAUAUCAAAUUGACUUGUCAUACAAGACGACUCAUUUUUGCCAUGACACAUCACCAUAUUUUCUCUCUGCUUAGAUUUUGCAUGUGGGUUGCCAAAUUUGACAACCAAGGAUCUACAACAUGGUUACACUCUAUUCCAAGAGUGCCCAUUUUUUCACUAUUAACAGGUAAUAAUUAAAUGCAAGCCAAUAAAAAUAUAACAUUUUAUAAUAUCAUGCCAAUAUUUGUUGUUGAGCCAAUUGGAAGUUGCUAUGCUAUUUCUGUUUUACAAGCAAUUAUGCACUUUGUGACCACAAAUCGAUUAUAAUCUAAUUUGCAUAAUCUUUGGAGAUCAGUUUGAUUGUUUAAUAAACUAUUUUCAGAUGACA